AGCAGAAUUAGGGUUUCAAGUAUCUUCUGGAGAUAGAUUGAAGUGAAAACCAGAGUACCAGAGAGGUAGAGAGAGAGAGAAAUGUCGAAGAAGAACGACCUAGCUCGCAGAAAAAGACAGCACGAAUUCGAACUCCAAAGAGAGAAAUUAGAGAAAGAAAAGAAGGCAAAGAAGCUGCAGGCCAAGAAGAAUAAGAUGAAAGUGGAUGGUAGUGACAAGAAGAAAAAGAAAAAGGGUGCAAGUGGAUUCCAAGUUGGGAAGAGAAAGGUGAAGACCAAGUUGACAGCAUUGGCAAAAGCAAAGGCUGCCCAAGCGAUGGAGGUUGACAAAUGAGGUUCUACUUUGAGUCACUGAGGCAUGUGUUGAUAUUUUACCAAGUGCACACCAUUUGUUCUCAAGUUUGCAUCGUUAGCUAACUUUAGGAUAUGUAACUUUGAAGGAAAAGGUUCAUAUUUACCUCUAUAGUCUUUGACAAUUUCUUCUCUAGUUAUUGGUUCCUAUGAAAAUUAAUAUUCUUCAUUAUACUGUUUUUCCAUUAAUAAUGUGAAUAUGUGAUUGUGUUUUAUAA